UUUAGAUAUGUGUGUGUUUAUUUGUAUUUGUUUUAUGCGUAUUGUAUUGUACGUUAUGGUGGUGGAGGGUGAUUAAGACCUCUCCAGUAGGAGGCAGUGACGGGGCGAUAAACACGUCACGAAACCGGAAGCUGGAGAAGAAGCCGCAGAAGUACUUCCUGUUUGUGUCGGCGUGUGUGGAUCGUUUAGUUUCCCCUCAGUUCGUGCUUUUUUAAUAAACGGAUUCUUCAUAAACACAUAAAAAAGCAGCAGCAGCAGAAAUGGUAAGCAGCUGAUCUCCAGUCUGACUCUGACUAGUUAGGCUAGUGAGGCUAGUUAGCAUGCUAACUUCAACAGUCUCUUAAAGCCAGUUAAAUAUUCACUAGCUUCUGGUUUGAAUUCUCAAUUUAUUAAAUACUCCUUUGAGCAAUUUAUUUUAUUAGAUUUUAUUAUACAAUACAGUCUCAGGUUAUAUAAUUUGAAUUAUAUUGAAUUCAUAACAUUUAUAUAAUGAUUUAAUAAGAUUGUCUGUAUGUUUGAUGUUUUCUUCAUGUGUUGUUAUAACAUCUGUCCUUUUCCACAGGCGCGUAACGCUGAGAAGGCCAUGACGGCUCUGGCUCGGUUCAGACAGGCUCAGCUGGAGGAGGGAAAAGUCAAGGAGAGGAGACCUUUUCUGGCAUCGGAGUGCAAUGAACUUCCGAAAGCAGAGAAAUGGAGACGACAGAUCAUUAGUGAGAUCUCAAAGAAGGUGGCUCAGAUCCAGAAUGCUGGUCUCGGGGAGUUCAAGAUUCGGGAUCUGAAUGAUGAGAUCAACAAGCUGCUUAGGGAGAAAGGUCACUGGGAGGUCCGGAUCAAAGAGCUGGGAGGACCAGACUACGCGCGAGUCGGUCCGAGGAUGUUGGACCAUGAGGGGAAGGAGGUUCCUGGGAAUCGAGGAUAUAAAUACUUUGGAGCAGCCAGAGACCUGCCUGGAGUCAGAGAGCUGUUUGAGAAGGAGCCUGCCCCGGCGCUGAGGAAGACGAGGGCGGAUCUGAUGAAGGAAGUGGACGCAGAGUAUUACGGCUACAGAGACGAAGACGACGGAGUGCUGCUUCCUCUGGAGGCUCAGUACGAGAAACAAGCUGUGUUGGAGACAGUGCAGAAGUGGAAAACAGAGAAAGAGUCUCGUCUGUCAGGAGACAAGCAACUGGAGGAAGAGGAGGAGGAGAGCAUCUACACGGUCCACAAGGAAGAGCCUGAUGAUGAGGAGAGUCGGGAUGAGGAGGAGGGAGAAGAGGGCGGAGUCACCUUCAUUGCACACGUACCUGUUCCUUCACAGAAAGAGGUGGAGGAGGCUCUCGUCAGGAGGAAGAAGAUGGAGUUGUUGCAGCGUUACGCCAGCGAGACUCUUCAGGCUCAGAGUCAGGCGGCCAGAACUCUGCUGGGACUGUAAACCCCGUCUGUCUGUUUGUAAACCCCGUCUGUCUGACUGUAAACCCCGUCUGUCUGAUUAUGUAAAUAUCAGCAAAUUUUUUUACCUGUUUCUUAUUAAAACGUUCUUCAGCUCA